AGCGUGCGCGCACUAGGCCUCCCCAGCAGCCACGCCGCCGCGCCGCCGCUCCACUGCUCCCCCCGCGCGCCAUGGCCGCCGCCACGCUUCUGCUCGCCGCGGGCAGCUCCGCCUUCGUAUGGUGGGGCUCGGCGGGGCCCGCCACGCCCCCAGCGCCGCCGGAGCCGCCACCACCCCCCUCUCUGCCGCCACCCUCGCCGCCUCCGCCGCCUCCGCCUCCGCCUCCGCCUCCUCCGCCCCCUCCUCCCGAGCCAUCGUCGCCGCCGCCCUCGCCGCCCUCGCCCUCGCCGCCUCCGCCGCUCCCUCCCGCGCCGCCGUCGCCUCCCGGGGCGCCGCACUCCGACCUCGAGCUCUCCAUCGACCUGAUCGACGUCUUUACGGACAGCAACCCGCAGCACUGGUUCGGUCUACGCGCCUGCGGCGCCUACUGCGGCGUGCGCUGGUGCGGCGGCGCCGACGUGCGCGAGAGGUACGAGGCGGGAGACGACUUUGCCUGCGACUUUAGCGUGCCGCCUCAGUUUUGCGAGGACGCCUGUUGCAGGCGAUGCGCCCGUCUGCGCUGCCGCCGCUCUCGCCAUCGCGGCUGCCGACGGCGAGGGGCUGUGUUGCGGCUCUCCGUGCCCAGACAAGGAGUACAAGGAGUGGGGGGGGGAGGCGCCCGCCUCGCGGACCGGCGGCGCGCCCACCUCGCGGACCGGCGGCGUGACCCUGCUGACGGACUACGCGGAGCAGCAGGUGCAUGGGUAUGCGACGGUGCACAUCCCGCUCGGAUGGAUCCCCUUCCUCGCGCGCGCCGAGCCGGCGGCGGCGUCUGCGGGGGCGGGGGCGGCGCCGCCAGCAACGGCGAUGGCGGGGGCGGUGGCGACGGUCGCCGCGGCGCUGCUGGUCGCCGGGCGGAGAAUUGCGGCGGCGGGGGGAAGGAGUCUUGCUAGGAGUCUUGCGGGAAGGAGUCUUGCGGGAAGGAGGGCUCAUCUGCGGAUUGUGCAAGUGUGACUCAAAAAAAUUAGUAAAGGCCC